AUGCGGCUGAGGACAGCGGGAUCAACAAGUUUACAGAGAGCAGCAGGUGUUAGCAAAGAACAAGUUGACCAAUUUUUCGACAAACUUUCGGAGUUGAUGGAGAAGUAUAAGUUCAACGCCUACAAGAUUUUUAACGCCGACGAAACUGGCGUAACGUCUGUUCAUACCAACAGACUGAAAGUAAUGUCAGUUAAAGGUAAAAAGCAAGUUGGACAAUUGAUAUCAGGUGAGAGAGGCAUGAAUGUCACGAUUCUUCUUUCAGUUAAUGCUGCAGGGAAUGUGUUUAUCUCACCGCUGUUUGUCUUCCUCCGUGUUCGAAUGGACAAUGAUCUGAAGAAAGAUGCCCGAGUAGGAAGUGUGUUCGAUGCCCAACUAAGUGGAUGGAUUAUUAAGGAUCGUUUCCUCAAGUGGCCUGCUUUGUUUGUAGAAGGAGUGAAUCCCACCAAGAAAUACCCUGCAUUAUUAAUUGUUGAUGGCCACUCAAGCCACAAGGAUUUGGACGUCUUAACGUUUGCAAAGAUACACCACAUUCCCAUGUUAAGCCUACCUUCAUGCACUUCCCACAAACUACAGCCACUGGACAGAACUGUUAUGAAACCUCUCAAAAAUGAUUAUCAUGAGGCAUGCUCAUACUGA